GGGGCUCCUUGGCGCGCAGUCUCCUCGCGUCGCUUUGGAGUUUUCUGCAGGCAGCAGGCAUAAGAGUUUCUGGUUUCUCUCUCCCCAUCCCACCCCCUUUUUUGUAUGAACCCUGGCACUGAAAAAUAUUGUGGCAAUGAGCCUUGGUUAAGGCCUGUUUGAAAGCUCUGCAGCAGGCAGGGAGGCUGACAGCAUCUCUCUCUCUACCUUCCCAUUCCUAAAGACCCAGAGCCAUUAACCACAGAGGUUUUUCAGAUUGCCAUGUUAAUGCUUCUUGCGUUUGGAGUCCUACUUCAAGAAAUCUUGGCCAGGACCCAAGGUGAAAGUCUUACUGAUGGCAGCAACAUUCCACGAGUGCCAUUGUAUAGCUAUGGAAACAUCAACUUGCCCGAAGAACAUAUCCCAUACUUUUUGCACAAUAACCAGCCCUUUGCCACAGCUUGCAAGAACGAUCUUCAUUGCCCAUAUAAAAAAUACUUGAAGAAAUUGAAAGCCUGUUGGGGUUAUGAGAAAUCAUGCAAGCCUGAAAACCGUUUUGGAUAUCCGAGAUGUGAUUAUGCUGAGAUUGGAUGGGCUAACACCAUUGAGGAGGCCCAGCAUGUAUUCUGGAAGCAAGCUGACUUUGGUUAUGUUAAGGAGAGGAUGAAUGAAGUGAAGACUCACUGCAGACCUCAGGCAAUGGGAGAUUCUUCACUUCAAUGUUCUCGUUACCUCCAGUAUUGCAGAGCAACAAAUCUAUACAUUGAUUUAAGAAACCCCAAAAGAAACCAUGAGAGAUUCAAUGAAGACUUCUUCCAGAAGGGUGAAAUUGGAGGCCACUGCAAUUUAGACAUUCAAGCUUUCCUUGCUGAAGGGCAGCGGAAGAGCCCUUUACAGUCUUGGUUUGCAGAGCUCCAGACAUAUACGGAACUGAACUCCAGGCCUAUGGAAGAUGGCAGUUGUGAUGUUAUUAUUGACAAGCCAACUUAUUUCAUGAAGCUUGAUGCAGGUGUUAACAUGUACCACCAUUUCUGUGACUUUGUCAAUCUUUACAUCACUCAGCACAUUACCAACUCGUUCAGCACGGACACCAACAUUGUCAUGUGGGACACCAGUGCCUAUGGAUACGGAGACCUGUUCAGCGAAACGUGGAAGGCAUUUACAGACUACGAAAUAAUACAUUUGAAAUCCUACGAUUCAAAGAGAGUAUGCUUCAAAGAAGCAGUUUUUACACUGUUGCCUCGAAUGAGGUACGGCUUAUUUUAUAAUACACCAUUGAUAUCCAGCUGUCAUGGUACAGGAUUAUUCAGAGCCUUUUCCCAGCAUGUGCUCCACAGAUUAAAUGUCACACAAGAAGGACCCAAGGAUGGGAAAAUCAGAGUUACAAUACUCGCCCGGAGUACAGAAUACAGGAAGAUAUUAAACCAAAAUGAGCUUGCCAACGCUUUGAAAACGCUGCCGUUAUUUGAAGUCCGAAUAGUGAACUACAAGUACAAGGAGCUCGAAUUUAAGGAGCAGCUGAAAAUCACGCACAAUUCUGAUAUAUUCAUUGGGAUGCAUGGAGCAGGACUCACCCACCUUCUCUUUCUGCCAGACUGGGCUGUCAUCUUUGAACUAUACAACUGUGAAGACGAGCGCUGCUACUUAGACCUUGCAAGGCUGAGAGGCGUCCAUUACAUCACCUGGCAAAAGAAGGACAAAGUGUUCCCUCAGGAUGAGGGGCAUCACCCAACACUAGGAAAACACCCGAAGUUUACAAAUUACUCCUUCGACGUGGAAGAAUUCGUCCGUCUGGUGCUUUCGGCGGCUGAUCAUGUAUCGCAGCAUUCCAAAUGGCCGUUUAGGAGAAAACGCGAUGAAUUCUAGAUUAAUUGCCUAAUUUCACAGGGUAUUUUAAAUACAGCAGCGUUAUAAAAUGUCAAUUGUUCUGAUACACAAUUAUAAUUUUUUUUUCUCUCGGGAGGAAAAGUGUUAAAAGGAUUGGUAGUUGCAUAUCAUGGUUCCCACCCUCACACUGUUAUUUCUGUGUGUGUCGUCGUCCCCCCCGCCCAAUAAUGUUCUCACUCUCAAUUCCUUUCCUAAUUUUACUUGAGAAAUUUGCAUUUUGCAAGGUGUAUUUAUUAAGAUGGCUAAUAUUUGCACUACUUCCCUCCCUAUUUUAGGGGUUUUGCCCCCAUUGCUAAAAAGAAGGGUGAAGUUACAAAUAAGUGCAGUGGGUCCACUUUCCUUCUAUCUGCUGCUUCUUUUUUUUUAAGACUUCAAGGUUGAAACCAU